AUGUCCGACUCUGAGAAGGGAUAUGCGGACUCGCACGUCGAGGACCGCACGCCGCACCCCGGCCACGGCUCCAUCGGCGGCAAUCUGACGCAGCAGCUCAAGACGUGGCACGCUAAUCGCGAGGACCGCUCUAUCCUCAUGUCGAUCCCGCCGUGGCCGACGAGGACGCGCGCCCACGACCUGCCCUCGAACCCCUUCAUGAUCCUUCGCAACAUGUCUUUCCUGUCGUACUGCUCGUUCUUCACCGGCUUCCUGUGUUGGUUCUGUGACGGUCUCGACUACUUUUCGGUCCCUAUCACGCUGUCGCAGCUGAUCGAGGCGUUCGACAAGGAGGACAAGGACAUCACCUGGGUUCUCACUGUGACGACCCUGGCGCGCCAGGUAGGCGCCAUUGGGUUCGGUAUUCUCGGCGACCGUUACGGACGACGGUGGACGCUAGGCGUGAACAUGUCCCUUAUCUGCGUCUUUGAGCUUGGGUCCGGUUUCGCGCAGACGUACGAGCAGUUCCUGGCCAUUCGCUGUGUGUUCGGCAUGAUCAUGGGUGGAACCUGGCCCCUCGCCGUUGCGACUGGUCUCGAGACGAUCCCGAUCGAGGCCCGUGGCUUUGCGUCCGGCAUCAUCCAACAGGGCUACACGAUCGGCAACCUGAUCGCCGCCGUGUUGGGCAUGUCUGUCGCUCAGACGAGUCCCUACACUUGGCGCACGCUCUACUUCUUCGGCGCCGGCUUCUCGUGCCUCGCUGCCAUCUGCAGGUUCGCCCUGCCCGAGAGUGAGCAGUUCAAGCUCGCAAACCAGCAGCGCAAGGAAUCUGGUGUCAGCGGAAAGGAGGCUUCGAAGCACUUCUGGCACGAGCUCGUCGCCAUGGUGCGCACAAACUGGCUGAGGUGCAUCUGGUGCAUCUUCUUCUGUGCCUCGUUCUGCUUCCUCGCCCACGGAUCCCAGGACAUGUACGCCCGAUACCUUCAAAAGUCGAAGGGUCUCGGCCCCAAGCCCUCCAACACCAUCGUCAUCAUCAGUAACUGUGGCGCCGUCGCCGGCGGCAUCAUCAGCGGUAACAUGUCGCAGUAUCUCGGCCGUCGCUUCGCCAUCUGCGUUUCGAUCCUGUACACGGCCUGCUGGAUCCCGCUCUGGAUUCUGCCCGACUCAUUCGCCGGCCUCGCCGCGGGCGGUUUCUUCCUCCAGUCCGGCGUGCAGGCAGCCUGGGGCAUUGUCCCCGUGUACCUCUCCGAGUGCUCGCCUCCCGCCUUCCGCUCGCUCUUCAUGGGUCUCUUCUACCAGUUCGGAAACAUGGCCUCGGGCUCCGCGGGCCAGAUCGAGGCCGUCGCCGCACACGACAACCCGCUCACGAAGAACGGCAAGCCCGUCCUCGACUCCAAGGGCGCCGUGCUCCCCGACUACGCCAAGAUCCAGGGCAUGUUCGUUGGUAUCAUCCUUGCCAUCGCGCUCGUGUGCACGAUCCUCGGCCCAGAGGCGGACAACUCGCACUUCGAGCAGAGCAAGGUCGCGUACAUGGAGGGAGCGGGUGAGAUGGACGCGCGCGAGCUGGUUGAGCACGAGGAGAAGCACGGUGCGACGACGCAUGUCGAGAAUGUCGACCUCGAGAAGGUCCGCAGCAAGAGCAGCGUGUACUAG